GUGUAGGAAGAGAGGAAACGACAGGCAGAGGAGCAGAGACGGUCACACGUGGAUGGAACAAAUGGAGCUUUACUUUUAACAGGAAAUAAACAUUAAUAGAAAGAAUAAAAACAACAGGGGCAAGUGCUGACUGGACAACAACAAUGCGUGUGGAGGAUCCAAAUAGGUGACUGCUGCAAACAGAGGAGACGCACCUUUUUUUUUUUUUUUUUUUCUAAUCUGUCACUAGUUGAGAACAUUAAAAAGUGGGAGCAGAAGGGGUCAUGGAAAGCCCCUGGAGGAGGAGGAGGAGGACGCAGGCGGUGAGAUGGAAAUUGCUGAGGAGCUCAUUGCUGCUUUGUUUAUUCACUGGAGGCAGCGAUGGCCAGUGUGAGGGCUGCAUAGAGUACUGCUGUGAUGGAUCGCCACCGUUCUGCUGCUCCUACUACGCCUAUGUGGGGGACGUCCUCUCGGGCACUGCCAUCUCCGGCAUCGUCUUCGGGGUGGUGUUUCUGAUGGGGGCGGUGGCGGCGCUGUUUCUAUGUGUGUGCAUGUGCAUGAAGAACGGACGUGGUGCACGGGUUGGUGUUUUCAGCACCUCCUAUAUCAACACUGUGACCCAAGGCUACCCAGGCCCUCCACCUCCAUACACCUAUGAUUAUGAGAUGUACCCUUCGUCACUGCACCCACCGCCCUACACUCCAACUCAGCCCCAGCCUGCCAACUACUCCCCACCUCCUCCUUACCCUGGCUGCACCCGCAAGUGAAUCCUCCCUGCAGAGAUCAUCCACUGGCUGGCUCAAAGGGGCUCCUAUGACCUGGUUUUCCAAAACUGAAGAUGGCUGGACACCCCUGGCCUUUAAAGCUGUGCAGCCACAGAUGGGGCUAAAGACACUAGAGAGUCUGUAUUUAAAAAACCAGAGGCCAGUGCACAUUUUAUAGACUGGUACUUCUAUGUAAAUGUCAAUGCAUUUCUCUUGCUCAGUAGUUGCUCAGCCAAGUGGUGGAAAACUAAUGAUGAAACAAAGGAUUUAGGUCAUGAUGCUGAAGAACUUCUCCACAUGAGCAGGUUUGGACAGACUUAACUCGGAGCAGCUCCACUGGCCUGCAGCUGCUACUUUUUCCCCACUAAUAACCAAUAUCCUUAUCCGUCGCCCACUGCGCACAUCAAAGGGAGCGCGCCGCUUUGAUGAAGGUGAAGACCACUUUUGUCAGCAUGGAGGGGAACCUCACAUCACUGGAGGGGGAAAAAGUCUUUCCAGGACACAGUAUAGACUGUCCUUUUAUGGAAAGUUAUCUACUUUUUUUUUUUUUUACUUGAUUCAUGUCAGUGGUGGAAGGUAAAAGCUGAUGAUUAAAGCUGUUUGAAAUGGAGUCAUGUCUGGACCUGCCAUACGCCAACGCAGACGAUUGAGUAUAAUGCAUAAUAAUGUUGACCUUAAAUAGCAUGAACAACUUGAAAGAAGAGGGUUGUUGAUAAUGAACGGGCUUUUAUUGUCUUACUUGAAACAAAGUGUGGGUGGACAGGGGGUCACGUUCUGCUCAGUCAACCCAAGUACACUCUCUUUGAAACUGGAAAAUGUACAUCUUCUGCCUUUUUUUUUCUUUUUUAAACAUUCUUUCCUCCAAAUUAUGACUGAUCGAUGUGAACUGCGGCUGUAGCCUAAUUAAUGCCUAUAAGCAAACGUGAAUUCAUCUCUGUAAUUCAUGUGAUGGAUGACUACGAAUGAUGGAACGGAUUUAACUGUAUUAAUGUGUUCAGUGGCUUUGUUUUAAAUUAAAAAUCCAA